AUAUAUAUGUAUGUAUUCCUGAGAGGUUACAUUUUUUUGAAUGCUUAAAUGAAAAUGAUUACAUACUACAUCGAACUCAUGCGUCAAAGAAGUAAGAGGCUUUGCUUAUUAUUGCUACUAAUCUUCAAAAUAAGCUAUUUUUAAUUACAGGUUAACGUCACUUAAGACGAUUAUCUUAAAGUAGGCUGUUAUGCUGAAGUACUACUACCCCACUGGAAGAAAUGCAUAGCUAACACCGAGGUGCUGUUUUAGACUACGUUUGUUGCAGGAUUGGACAGAUUCGUUUAUUUCUUGCCUCUAAUUUCGAUCCAGCAUUUUCUGCUGAUAUCAGGCUGAUACAGAUAUCCAUAGACACCAGUAGGCCAUCUCUAAAGCUACUGCAAAGCAAUGGGGACUAACAGGCCUGUUCAACGCAGCACAAGCUUACAUUUCUGUCCUCAGUCUGCAGCCGUCGGUGAAGUCCUAUUUUUGGACAUGGCUCACUUUCUCGCACCCUAAGAGCUUUUGUUGCCAUGGAGCUGCUCCCCAGUUUCCUUGGUAGUGGGGACAGGAAUCCCGCACCUUCAUUCCUUCACCACACAAGACCUUUCCAGAGUAGAUGCUCCGGGAGGGCUCUCCAUGAUGCCGUGGCUCAUCAUCAUCAUGGACAUCGUGUACUGCGUCCUCGUCUGUAGCCAUGACAACAACACAGUAAAAUGGACAACAUAGCAAAACAGAAACAAGACACCUGAUUCAUCCUGGACUGGACUGGACUGGACUGGCAGCUUCACCAAGAUAAUGAUCUGCAACAGCAGCUCUGGAUGUGGCUUAACGGAACGCCGCAUGAUCAAAUAUGUGAUGAACGUGACGGAGCUUCCGGGAGCCACAAACGCCCCUUUACCCAUCACCCUCAGGGCUGCCCUGUCUGUUGUAAUGGUGGUCAUCAUCACUGUUGGUUUCCUCGGCAAUGCCGUCGUUUGCCUCAUAGUCUACCAGAAGCCGGCCAUGCGGUCCGCCAUAAACCUGUUGCUGGCCACCCUGGCCUUUACUGAUAUCAUGCAGUCCCUUUUCUGCAUGCCUGUGACUGCUGUGACUGUGGUGUCCGAUGACUGGCGCUUUGGGUUGGACUUCUGCCGUGUCACAGUCAUGCUCUACUGGCUCUUCGUCCUGGAAGGAGUGGCUAUCCUCUUGAUAAUCAGCGUGGACCGCUUCCUCAUCAUCGUACGACGGCAGGACAAGCUGACGCCAAGUCGGGCCCGGCUGUUGAUCGCCGGGUCCUGGCUGCUAUCCUUCUGCCUGGCCCUGCCCUCAGUGGCCAGCUGGCCGACCCUGGGCCUCAAACCCCGGCGCUGCAUCCUGGGAUACAUCGAGUCCCUUCCGGACCGUGGGUACACGGUUCUGCUCGCAGCUACUGCAUUCUUUAUACCCGUAAGCGUCAUGCUGUUCUCGUACUUGCGCAUCCUCAAUGCUGUCCGUCGUAACGCCUUGCGCAUCCAUAACCACGCCUGUCCCGGACCUGACCAAGGGGGUAAAGCAGGUUUAGUGGUCCUGCGGCGGCCCCCGCAGCUCAGCGUGGACAUGAGCUUCAAGACACGUGCCUUUACCACUAUCCUCAUCCUCUUUGUGGGCUUCUCCGUCUGCUGGCUGCCACAUACGGUGCUCAGCCUGCUGGCUGCCUUCAGCCAGAGGUUCUACCAGAGUGCCGGGUUCUACCCAGCCAGCGUAGGGGCGCUGUGGCUCAGCUACCUAAAGGCAGUGUUCAACCCUGCUGUGUACUGCUGGAGGAUCCGCAAGUUCCGUGAAGCCUGCGAGGAGUUCGUGCCCAGGAGCUGUAGGCUGCCCAGGAUCCCGGGACGCAGCAGGCGCAGGGUCCGGCCCUGCAGCAUCUACGUCUGUGCAGAGAGCCAGUCAGCUAUGUGAAGCAUCUGCAGAACCAGCCUCAUUUAGAGAUACAUCGAAUUUAGAUUCAAUCUGUUCCUCCAAGUCUAAACAGGCAGUCACAUCCUUCCAGAACUGUUAAUGACAAUGCAUUCCCUCGCAAAAAGUUAAGUCCCUUUGUAAAAUAUUUGCUUGUCACAAAGCAAGCAAACGUAGGACCAAAGGUGCCGGACGACGUUCCCUACAUUAGAGCUCUGUUUAGCACAGCUGACGUUAAAAGCUGUUUUCCCAGUUUCUCCAGUCUGCGCUGAGUUUAUUCAGCGAUUGUUCUCUGCAACGUCUGUAAAUGUAGCAUUUACUGUAUGAGGUCUCAGUUUCAGUUUCACUCACUUCUAGCAUAAUAUUGUUUGACUUUGAGAAGCAACACUAUGUCUUUAUAUUUCAGUCCAAGAUCAACAUAAAUUCAAUGAGCUGCUCCAUCUCUGAGCUUAAGCACAGCACAGCCUUUGCAAGCGAACGCAAACUGUUUGCAUCGUAAUGCAGAACAUUUGUGAAGGAACGCAUAUUUUUUGCGAGGGAAUGCAAUGUCAUAAAUUUUAUUUAUUUAUUUUUUUAACCACAUCCCCUUAGAGGCUCUGUAUCAGACAUUUUUGGUACCCCUAUUUUGCAUCUUUAGUUUUGCACUGGAGCUGAGGCUAAUGUAGCUAACAAGAAAUGAAAGCUUAUAUCCCAUCAAUUAGCACUUGCCAAACUGCGUGCUUAAACCACAACUGCUUCAAACAAUGUCAGGUUGUUAGAGAAAUGUAUAAAAAUUCAACUGUCAGAAUGUAAAAAGUCGUACAGAGAGGUCUGGUGUGAAAUUACAAUGGGCGUGAUCAAAGGAAGGUCCAAGUAUCAUGUUGUCUACAGUGCAGCACAAGUACAGUCACUUCAUUUAACUUCAAAUCCAAAAAAGAAAAGUUUCCCUGUUUCUCUUUCUAUUUUGCCUUCAAGGCCAAAUUCUUAUCCUGAAACAAAGCUUCAGACAUCAGUCAAUGUAUCCGUUUUCAUUUCAUGUAAUGUAAUGGCAGAUGUCUGGUUCCCAUCCCCACCACUGUGAAUAAUUCUUGGCAAGUUUCUCUACAAAGAAAAUGAGAAAUUUUGACAUUUUUCUCAGCCCUCUUGAAAUAAACAUUAGCCUCACAGUGUCUGAGCAAAACUAAAGAAGCAAACUGCUGACACCAAACAUGUCUGUCUGACUACUUUUGGAUUUAAGGGGACGUUGUGGUAAUUGUACUUUUCACCCAACCGUUCUGUUAAAUCCUGGUGUGCCGCACACGUUCAGUCAUAGAUAUACAUGCCUAGAUGCCGCGUUGGGUCCAGCCAGGCACGUCAAGAAAGCAGUCAUUCUGGGGAGGUCAACAUCACUGCUGGACUGCAUUCAGUCCCAUAACAGAGUGGCAGUUUAAGAAAGAUACUGUCUAAAAUGACACUAUUUCAGGAAUAUUACUCUCAGAAAGAGGGAUAGGGUUACAUAACGGAGGGAACACAGUGAUCCACACUCAUGUCUGUGUGAGGCGUGUUGUUUGUGUGGUGUUUAAUGUUAGAUGUGGCCGUGUGGUUAAUGAGGCUCAGAGAACCUGGUGAUGUGAUUGUUUUUCCUCUGGUUUUACAUGGAGCUUAUUUCAUUUAAUAGUCCAUUGAUCAGUGUUUAAAAUUCCAUGAUCCGUGUAGAUAUUCAUAACAGAUUAACAUUAGCACCGUCUUACACAAACCUGAAGUCAGAUUCUUAUUUGCCAGCAUCUUGUUCGAAUUUUCCCAUUCCACCUUAAAUGGUGCAGCUUCAGGCAUCAGAAUGUGACUGCUGCACUGUUUAAGGUGGAACAGGAAAACUCCAAGAACAAGCUGGUGAGCCAACUUCAGGCUCGUCCUUCUCAGUGUGUUUUGGGGGGAUUACUUUACUUUAUGUGUUUUAACAUUAGAAAUGAUUCACACACGGAUGGAUUUGCUGAUUGUGUUUUUACCGGAGCGCUAAACUCACGCCCAGUGCAGACUGAAUACUUUCUUGCUGGUCUCGACGGAUAAUUAGCACAAUUGGUUAUUAAAGAAAUAAAAGCUACCGGGAGCAGACCCGUGCAGCCUGGAUUAAUCUGUGUCUGAAGAUUAUAACAAAACAGAUUUGGUGAAAAUCGGUUGAGUAGUGAGGAAGUUGUGGCCCAUUUAAUCCCGAGACUCUUCGUCUCUCAGUACAAGUGAAUUUGUUCACAAGCGGAUCUUGACCUCUCCAACAUGGCGGACAUGCAGCCGUAUCACCUCAGAUAGAGAACGACAGACAACGUGGCAUCUUGGUAUGAAGAUCUAGGAGUUAAUUUAGGUUAAAAAUAAGGAAAAAAAUAAUGUAGUAAUGGAGCCUGCUGUUUAACUGAGCCAUAAAUGGGAAUUCCUCAUAAUACAACCAGACAAUUUCUACAUAAUUGUUGUGAUGUAAACAGUCAGUAAGAGGCUUGAUGUGAACUGGGGCUUUGUAGAGAAACAAGGAACCAGGAUUCACAGUGUCUGCAAUGCAAAUAUAGCCCCUUUACUUACUAUUCAAAACGACCAGUCAACCUACAUGUCUGGGUGUUUGUAUGUAAUGUUGAUGAUGGUAAAAUAGUGCUAAAUCUAUAAAUAAAUAAGUACAUAAAUAACUAAAUAAUUACUGGUGGAAUUUCCUUUCCACUAACCACAACUGUACAUCUGAAACGUCAGGACACUGAUACUUCAAAUCAAGACUCCUCAUCGAGAAACUCACAAGAACCCCAGCAAUGUAAGCAUAGUCAUGUUUAUUAAAAUGGACGUCUUUACAUUUUGUACAUUCCACCUACACAGGCAUUGAUUUACAAAGCAACAAACAUUUAUAAAUACAGUAUGUACACACGGGUAUAUAUGCACUUAUAAAAUACUUGAGUGGACAGAAAGACCAGUAGUGGGCAGAGGGUUGCGGUUGGACGUUGUCCCUAGGUAAAGGGCAAGCCACGUGGAGAUAUGUAUGACUGGGAUAAAAGCUGCUUGGUAAGUCCAGAUGAAACAUUCAGGG